AUGGCAGCAGUUAACCCUCCAUCGUCUGUUGCUGCGACUUCGCCCAACUACUACGAGUCGCCCUCAAGACCCCCUUCAAGACCGACCAGUGCAUCUCGCCAUAGCCCGGUCCGCAUUCCCGAUCUUGAACACGCUGAAGGUCCAAGACUGCGCGAUGGUCCAGUCUCUCCUGUUCGUGUGAACUUCCAGCAGGCAGACUGGGUGCAGCCUUCGAAUGCUGAUGUGGAAUACACUCCAAAGCAAGCCUUGAGGGGAGAAUUGGUCGACCGGACUCUUCAUCCUCUCCCCUCGCCCCCAGAAACUGCUCCUCCUCCUCCACCCCAACACGGUCGUAGGUCGCAACCGACGAGCCCUCGAGAAUUACAUGACGGAGCAUUCAUGGCCGAAUCCUCCAAGACGACCCCGACAGAAAGAGUUCGUGGUCAGGAUCAAUAUCGCAACAGUCGUGAAUCAGAUGAAACUGCAAGUUCAAACCCACAACAGGUCUCGAUCGAGUCUUCGGCAACGACAAGUGCAAGCUCUCUUUCAGGUGUAAACGAUAACAUCGAUGGCCGGGCAUCGGGUGACUCCGCUGAAAGCUCCAUUAUUGAAGGCAACGUGCCUGAAGUGCCACUCUUUCAGUACCACCAUCAGAAAGACUACUCAUCGAGUGCUCCCAGAGCGGAAGCCGGUGGUUUUUCAACUCCUGAGCUGGCUGAGAGUGCUUCAAGUGUUGGCCGUCACCUUACUCCAAACCCGGGUAAUCAGAUGAGGACCUCCCUUCCUCGGCCACCAUCCUCAUACUCCGUCUAUUCUGAUUCUCGUGGCCGCUCUCCAGGCCUGAUUCCAGGUGGCCCUCAGUCACGUAAAUCUCCCGAUGUUAGGCUGUCGACUUAUGCAGAGUUGCUUAAUGCCCCUUAUCCUCAACAAGCUCCUGCACCUCUAACUCCUGAUAAUUCAAAUCUCCGAACUGUUAUAGGCAACAAUGCGUCUCUUCUCAGUACUCAAAAGACUUUGGAUAUGUAUCGUGCAAACGUCAAAAAGACAAAUGACUCUUCGAUCCAGUACUCGUUUGCCAUCUUUCUGAUUUCAACAGCUCAGGAACAAGGUUUGGACUUUUCGGAGCCCAAGACUCGCAAGAACAGUCCAAACCCUCAAAAAGGCCGUGACAGUCCAGCUGCUGAAGGUUCUGUCUCAAGCCCACAGGAGUUGGUCCGCGAAGCACGGCAAAUUCUGCAACGUCUCGCUAGUGCUGGUUAUCCUUUUGCUCAAUACUAUCUCGCAGACGGUUUCGCCUCUGGACUUUUCAACAAGGGUAAGGAGGACUAUAACUCAGCCUUCCCCCUGUUUGUUUUGGCUGCGAAGCAUGGACAUGCAGAAUCUGGGUAUCGAACUGCGCUGUGUUACGAGUUUGGCUGGGGAUGCCGAAAGGACCCUGCCAAGGCAGUGCAGUUCUUGCGUACAGCUGCCUCGAAGCGACAUCCCGGUGCCAUGACGCGUCUGGGUAAGGCCUGUCUGUCUGGGGACCUUGGAGAAAAGCGCUAUCGAGAAGGAAUCAAGUGGAUGAAGCUUGCUGCUGAAGCUGCAGAUGUUCAAUACAAUUCGGCACCAUAUCAACUUGGUUGCUUGUACGAGAAUGGGUAUGGUGCAGAUAUCUUCAAGGACGACAACCAUGCUGCCGAACUUUUUACACAAGCUGCUGAACUGGGACAUCCUGAGGCUAGCUAUCGGCUGGGCGAUGCUUACGAGCAUGGCUUGCUCAAUUGUCCACGAGAUCCAGCUCUCAGCGUACACUUUUAUACCGGUGCAGCUGAGCGGGGGCAUGCUGGCGCCAUGAUGGGUUUAUGUGCGUGGUAUAUGGUCGGCGCUCCCCCAAUCCUGGAAAAGGACGAAGAGGAGGCCUAUGAGUGGGCGCGUCGAUCUGCUGACUUGGGUUUUGUCAAAGCACAAUAUGCCGUCGGUUACUUCACAGAGAUGGGUAUUGGGUGUCGUCGUGAUGUCCUAGAAGCCAACGUCUGGUAUGUCAAGGCUGCCGAUGCUGGUGAGGAGCGAGCCAAGCAGCGUUUGGCUAUUAUUCAAGCAGCCGUCAGUGGACAGGGCACUCCGAUGGAGGUUGCUCCUCCGCGUAACGGAAAGAUACAGAAGAACGGCAAAGACGAUAAAGACUGCAUCGUGAUGUGA